AUGCUUUAAUUUUUUUAAAGAUUAGAGAACCCUGAUUCAAAGUUUCAUUUAUAUGAUUCAUUUUAUAGAAUAAAAAAGAUAGAGAAGGUUUGUUAAAAAGAAAAUGUAGAUGGUAAAUAUAAUUAAUUCAUGAUAUAGGUUUAUUAAUAAUAAAUGGAAUAGAUUCAAAAGAGAAUUAUGAGUAUACAAAAUUAAUGAAUUGGAUAUAUCUUGGAUAUAGUGGAAUAGAAAUUGAAACAAAUGAAUAUUUAGAUAAUACAUUGAGUGAAACAAUAUUUGUUAUAACAAAAGAUCAUAUGAGAGCAUAUUGUGAUUAAUAAGGUUUUAAGUUGUUAAAGCCAUAUUUACUAUAGAUGCCAAAUAUUAAAUUAUUUGUUCCAACAAUUAAGGAGGAUGAAAAUAAAGAUGAAAGUGAAGUUUUAAAAAUGGCUCAAUUUGUGAAAAUGAUGUAAGGAUUAAAAAGGAUUGGUGUAUUACUUCCUUAAGAAAAAAAUAAAAAUAUUGAAAAAUGGCCUCUCAUAUAAGGUUAUGGUUUAUUAGGAAAUGGUUUUUUUUCAAUGCAACAUGAGAUUGUAAAUAUGAGUGAGAGGAUAAAUUAAUUAUAUAAACCACAUGAUAAACAUUCUAUGAAAACUUUAAUUAAUGUUGUAAGUUAGAGAUUAAAUGGUCAUGUUUCAGGAUCAAUGUAAUUGUUGUCAGAAAUAGCAAUAAAAAAAAGACCUGCAGUUACAAGUGAAUAAAUGGUUGAGAUAUUUCUUGAUACAUUUGAAAUUGAAGAAAAUAAAUAUAUAAAAAGAUGUAAUAAAUUAAUUCCAACUGUUACUUUUGGUAAUUGUAGUUCUUAAUAGAAAUUACCAUUACAUUUAACAAUGGAGAGUAGUGAUCUAUAUUCUUCAUUGAGAUUUGCCAGAACAUACUUUCUUACAAAAUAAAUAAGCAAAGAAAAUGUAAUAAUACCAAUUCAUGAUGAUUUUGAACAUUUUGUUAAAGAAUAUUAAUAUUAAAUAAUUGAACAUUCCUUUCAUUUAGACGAAUGGUAUAUGAUUAAUAAUUAUUAUUUUAGUUUAUUAAUUGAAAUUUAUAGGGCAUUGAUUGAAAGUUUCUAUUCAGCUUUAUAAAUGAUUUGUUAAGAUUAUAGAAAGAUGACUAAUUAAUAGAUAUUUGAUUUAUGUUCAGAACGAUUGAUUCCAACAUUAGCUAAUUAUAAAUUGUAAUUACUAAAUGAUAAUUUAAUUGUAUCAGUAUCUAGUUAUAAUUCAUUUGGUGAAGAAGUAACUAUUAAUUUUAAAGAUCCAAUUUCUUUUAAACUUACCCCUUAAUUUUUUACAAUAAGAUUAGAAUAUAAGAAAAUUCCAUCUUUGGUUGUAAAUGGUACUAUAUUAGGUAAUGUAAUAUUUUCUGAUUCAUUUAUUCUUUAAGAAAAUUGUUAUUAUAUUAUAACUAGUAAUAUACCUAAUCUUUAAAUUAUAAAUACUGAUGCUAGAUUUUCAGAUGAUAUAGAAAAAAUUAAAAAAAAAUUGCCACUAGAGAAAUUGGGUUAGUAAAUUUCAGAAAGAGUAGAUAAAAAUAGAUUAUUUAUACCCUCUAAAUACGCUUUAUUAGAUAUACCAAUAUAAUCUGCAUCUUAUGUACUACAUGAAAAUGGUAUUAGAAUCUUUACUAAUGAAAUGGGUUGGUUCUUUAUUUUAUUUGAAUCAAUGAAGAAAAUUAAGUUUACUUAAGGAUUAGAAUCUGCUUGGAUGAUAUUUAUGACAGAACCAAUACUAUGUGCAUCAUUAUAAGCAAAAACCAUAGCUUUGGAAUUUGUAGGUAAAUCUGUUGAUUAAGUAUAUAUGAAAAUGACUAAUAUACUAAAAGAAAAUGAAAUUAAAGUUGAUUAUACUGAAAAUCCUAAAGAAUUCUAAUUAACUAGAUAGGGAUAAAUUAUUCUAAAAAAAGAAUAAAAAGUUCCAUUAUUAGGAAAUAUGAUUAAAGAUUCUUCUUUUUUAUUAGAUUAUUUAGAAUCUAAAUAAUUAGUUAUUUUAACGUAAGUCAAAAGUGAUUUAAAACUUUUAAACUAUCUAGCCUUAUAAGAUGAAUCUAAUUAAUAAAUUGAUAAUAGAAUUCCAAUAAUCUUAAUUACAGGUACAUAUAGUAGUGGUAAAAAUAAAUUUGCUUAAUCUUUAUAAAGAUAUGCAAGUGAUUUUAAUUAAAAGGCUCAAGUUCUUACUUUUAAUUUAUUAGAAUAAUCAAUCUUAGAUGAAGAAGGAUUACUUAAUAAAUUAGAAAACCUACUCAAAUAUUCUUAAGACUAAUGUAUAUGUGUAAUCCCCUUUUAUUUAUCUAUUGAUAUUAUAGUAUAACAAUUAACUACUGGAAAACUGAGUAAAUUUGUAUACAUUAAGAAUGUAAUUAAUAAAAUCAAUAUUAACAAUAUCUAUUAAAAUCAAAAUUGUUAACCUAUGUAAAAUUUUAUUUAUAUAUAUUUUUAGUGAUAAUUUAAUAAGUCAAAGUCUACCUGGUUAUUGUUAAUUUACAAUUCUAGAUUCUUUUGGAAAUGAGGAAUCAGAAGUUGAAGAAUAUUUCAAAAUCUUUAGAUCUGUAUGCAUUAAAUCUAAUAUAUUUCGUAUUACCAAUAAUAUGGUACAAUCUUCUGUUGCUAAAGAAAUAUAUUCAAAUACAUCUUACAAUUCUACAUUAAAUGUAUUUCUUAGAAUCAAACUGGCAACAUACAAAAGUCAAAUGAUUCCAUAUUAAAAAGUUUUCCUUCAUAAUGCUAUUCCUUGUGUUAAAUAAUUUAGAAAAAUCUUAAGAGAACUUUUUAAAACUUCACAUUAACAAAAAGCACCAAUGGUCAAUUAUGAAAAACUUUCAGAUAUUGAUAAAUUUAUCUUUAGAGUUAAGGAAUUUAACUCGACUAAUAAACCAUAAUUAUUUUAUCUUAAAGCUUUUCUCAGAUUUGAAGGAUAAUUAGAUAAACUUUAUGAAUAUACUGCAAAUCAUAAUUAUACUAUCGAAAGAUAGGUUAAGUCUGUUAAUAUUAUUCUUAAAGAAUAAUUAAUUAAUGGAGUCAAACUUUAAAUACCUUCAUAUGUUGGUUGGGAUACUCAUUCCAAUUUAGGAUUUUUUAUGGUUGGCUAAAAUAUUUCAAAAGAUAUAUGCCAAUAAUAUAUUGAAGAAUUAAUCUAAAAAAUGAAACCAUUAUAACCUUUACUUACCAAAAAUGAUUUAUCUAAAGAAAUUAUCAAAGAAAUUGAAUUUCAAAAUAGAAUUGUUGGAUUAGAAAAUGGAGAAUUCUAUGAUGGAUAAUUUAUUAGAAAUUAAGAUGGAGAAAUCUUAGAACAUCAUCCAAAAUUAGAUUUAUUCAUUCAAGAAUAUUUAAAUAAUCAAAAUUAAAAAAUUGCAUAAUUCAACAAUUAAAUUAAUUAAGAGUGGAACAAUUAUUUAAAUGCUCUUAAGUGUUGA